AUCGAGCUCCAGCCUCCAGCUCGAGCUGUCAUGAAACAAGAAAGUGAAUCCCAGCUGAUGGGGCACUACAAUGUUUUUUAAAUUUUUACGCUUCCCUCCGCUAUUUUAGAAACAAACGAUAUUUUUUUGUCGUCUAGCUGGUUGGCAAGAUGGAUAAAAGAUUUCCCAACCAAGGGCAAGGACCUCGGCCUCAAAACUCCAUGGGGAUGCCGUCUGCUUUUGAACUGCAGCAGAACGCCUCUUUCGCAGCGCACCUUCCUCACCAGGGUCACCAAGGGUGGAACCCUCAACAGCAGCAAAUGGUCGGCCAGAUGAAUUUCAUUCCGAUGGUGCCGUCAGUGUCGGCAAGUGUUGCCACCCCAGUGCGGAUGAUGCACCAGCAACCUGGUGCAGCAGCCCAAGCCUCUGGCAAGGACAGGAACUACCUGGCCCAGCAGCAGAAGUUGAGGGCUAUGGCAGGCUCGUUCAAGAAGCCAGGACCAGUGAGCGCAGAUUCUUUAAUCGACGAUCUGCUGCAAAAGAAGGAAACGUUUACAGUAAAACCUCAGGUGUCUGCAGCACAAGCAGCCAAACUUGCAGACAAAUCGGCGCCCGUGCAGCUCCAGGUAGAUAAAUUGAUGCAACAAGUUCCCCAGGAAAUUCAUGUCCCUCCUGAAAUGAGCUCAGAGGGCAUGGCGGGCUUUGGUCUGACCAGCCCGGUCGGUGCUCCAAAUCUGCCCUACUGGCUACAACCGGACGCAUCCGACCUUCUUCCUGCCGUCUAUAGACGCGUUUGGGAGUUGAGCAAGGCUCCCGGCGCGGAUGGACGUGAACUCGUGGACACGGGAAAAAUCUUCGCGGUGCUGGUGACGAGUGGCCUGCCAAGGGACUCGCUUGGCUACAUCUGGAAUUUGGCCAACACUGGCAUUCCUGGUGUCCUCAGCAGGUCGGAGCUCAACGUGGCCCUCGCGCUGGUCGCCCUUGCACAAAAUGGGCUCAGGGACUUCAGCAACAUCGCCGUCCUGUCCAUGGUCCAACAGCCGCCGGUUCCGUCCCUGCAGCUUGAGACUUUCUCCGCGCCUCAGCAGGCCAAACCUUCACAGCCAGCAACACCGCAAGUACUUCACCACCCUGAGCCGAUUCCAGCUGCUCCAGCUAAGGAUUUAUUGGCUGUCAAGCCAGAAAAGCAGGACAUCCUGCCAACAAUCUCGCAGCAAGUCUCGUCAACCCCUCUGUCCGCUGCUGGACUGCUGGACGACGACUUUUCUGAUUUCCAAGCAGCGCCUCCCGCGAACAGCAUCUCUGUGUCCGACUUCAGCCCCGUGUUCAAAGGCAGUCAGCAGCACCGCUCCUCGAUCGCUUCCCGCGACAGUCCUCUCGGCUUCAACUCAUUCGAGUCGCCACCCACUUCGCCUGUGUUCACCCCGAAACCGUCAAGCAACGGGAAAGGAAGCCGCGAGGUUGGCAGCCGUCUCGCCAACUACUCUUUCACCGCACCGUCCAGUUCGUCAGGCUCCAGGAAAAGUGAGACAGACAAUGAAGAGGACGUUUUCAAAUCCGAUGAGCUCUUUCCAAAGUGCGUUGUCAGGGACAAGUCCCCAGUGUCUGCGUCUGCUCCUCAAUUUUUGAAGGAAACUGUGAUAAGAACCGAGCCUGAUGAGAACAAAUUUGUUGCUGCUGAAUCUACGCCAGUUAAUAUGAAAAAGGAUGACGACAAAUACAGCGCUCUUCGCGAUCUCGAAUUUGGAAGCCUGUCAACAGCUGCGACGCCUCCGACCACAACUGCGGUAGACCUCCUCAAAGAGGAACCUGCUGUAUCACAAGAUGACUUUGGUGACUUCCUGUCUGCUGACGAUUCAUUUGCGGAGCUAUCAAAACGUGAGACAACAGCCAGCAACAACGCUCCGACGCAGCCUGAAAACUUUGGCUUUGAUUUCGACAAACCUCCUGAGCCGAUUUCCAAAGACUGGAAUGCAUCUUUUGAAGCCUUUGCAGACAAGUCCUCUGGCAUCGAUGAUGUGUUCUGGAAAUCAGAACCAACUCCAUUAGAGCAAACGCCUGUGACCAACAUUCCAGACAUUCCUGCAGAUGAAGACGAUUUCGGAGACUUUAUCGGUCCGACAACGCCCACAAACGUGUCUGUCUUGCCGUACCUAUCGAAAAUCAAGGAUUCUUCCACCAUCACCCCUGACACCCAGUCUGUCGCGAGUCUGGAGCUUGGUGGCUUCGACUCCCUGUCCGUUGGUGGUGCCGGCCCGUCGUCUUCCCCAGAUGGUGGCGGCGGUGGAGGGCUGCUAGACUUAAAAAUUGGAAGUGAAAUCGGUUGGGAGACUCAACUACAACAACAACAGGACGAGGGCAUGGAAUGGAAGCAGUGUCUACACAGCUGCAUCCACUUACUCCAGGCAGCAGCACAAAUUUUCCUGGCGAUUGAUGAUCCCAAUGUAGUCGAGGAGGUCGUUACUUCUAAGCAAGGAGAAGAUUAUUUGGCCAAUUUAUUGGAAGUCUACUUUGUAACUCAGAGGAUAAACGUCGCGUCCAGAAAGCUGUUGCCUGCUUCAAGGCACUUGCUUGAGCCACUGCUAAUGGAGGUUGAGAGUGUGUGGAACACGCUGAGGCCGUUUUUAGAGCAGAGUAGUCUUGAAGUGAAAGACGAGCACUGGAAUGUGCUUCGCGAGAGCACGAAUAGUUGCUCUCUUUGUCUAACCCAAGUCGAGGACACGGCAGUCGGUUCGAUGGCACUGGUUCGGUCUGGCUCAAACUGCUACCACGCAGCCUGCGCAAAUCUCUGGCUCAAUUGUAUAAACGCACAACUUCCUGCCAUUCUAGUACCUUAGACCAGCUUUUCUAGUCAGGUGUGCUCUUUUCAAAAACUUGCACGUUUAAGUGAAUAAUGUCUGCACUCUGUUUUAAAUUAUUACGUUUUAAAUAAAAAUCUACUUGAAUAUUGUUAAAAUGCGAACAUUCCAACAAACUGUUGAAGUUUUAGAAAUAAAAAUUAUUGAUGCAAUAUACAAGAAAA